GCUGCAGGGGGACAAAAGUGUGCAACGAGUUUAAAAUGUGAGGAGACAGGAGCUCGAGACCAGAGCGGCCACACCGACACCAUCAGCGAUGGUUCCCACACACCGGAGAGCUGCCGCGUGACGUCAACGUAGAAUAACCGUCCAGGUGACUCCAGGUGUCUCCAGGUGACUCCAGCUCCAGUGCACUGUUCCUGUUUCCUCCCGAGCCCACCAUGCCGAUCGACAUGGCAUUACCUCUGUACCUGUCCAAAGAGGAGUUUGUCUACAGGACAUCUCCUAAAACAUGCAAACCUGCCCUGAACUCCUGCCUGAGGUUCCAGCCCUCGCCCUGCGUGGAGCAGAUGGAGCCCACGGAUGGAAGGUCCUCCAGGAAAGACUCGAGAAAAGCCAAGAAGCAGGUGACGUUUGCCGACCACAGGGGGCUGUCUCUAACCAGAGUGAAGCUCUUCUCCCAGUUCACCGAUCCCAUCGAUAUUCCCGUGAACAUCCAGGAGAUGCUCAGCUCUGCUCUGUCUCUGACGGCUGAGGAGGACAAACUGGUGCUGGACUUCACUCAGCCCUCCUCAGACUACCUGCACUUCCGUCAGAGCCUGGAGAAGAACUUUGUCUGUCUGGAGUACUGCGUGUUGAAGGAGAAGUCCUUGGCGGGAACCGUUAAAGUCAAAAACGUGUCCUUUGAGAAGUCUGUGAAGCUGCGGGUGACGUUCGACAGCUGGAGGAGCCACACGGACGUAGACUGUGAGUACAUGAAGGACACGUAUCCCAGCUCGUACAGCGACACCUUCUCCUUCACCGUGUCUCUGCCAGAUCAGCUGAUGCUUCAUGAGCGGGUCGAGUUCGCCGUCUGUUACAAGGUUGAUGGACGUGAGUACUGGGACAGCAACGAUGGGAGCAACUACAGGAUCAUCUGGUCCUCCAUGAAGAGGAGCCAGCAGAGCGCCUGCAGCCGCCACUCUGACUUUGGGAUUCAUUUUGACCGAUACGGCAGCCCCACCUGCUCACACGGGAUCUUCCCUGAUUGGUCGAGUUACGCAGGAUAUGAGAAUAGCGGCCCGUACUACUGAACAGGACGUUUGUGGUGUUUACAUCCCACGUUGAGCUUCUGUUGAUGUUGCACAUCACACACCUGCUGACUCGCCAAAAUGUGGACGAACUUCUGAAUUAUUUUUGUCUUUGUGUCAGGGGUUACCUGGGGUUACCUCAACGCGAAAAUAUUAUGUAACCUUCCUGUUCCUGUUAUGUCAUCGCUGCUCGACUGCUAAUGGUUCUUUUCAUUUUCAGUUCAUCAUUUUAUUAUUUUCUUCAUUUAUUCCAAGUUUCAGAGAUCUUGUUUUGUGCAAGCAGAGGUCCAAAACUCACAUAUUCAGUUUAUUGUGAUAUAAAACAGAGAAAAACUGAAUAUGUUUGGCAUUUUUGACUUUAAAAAAAGAGAAAGAAAAAUAAACCAUAAAUAAAUUAUCAAAAUAGUUGCAAAUUAAUUUUCAGUCAGUCGCCUAAUCAUUUAACCGACCAAUAAUUUUAUCUCCACACAGCCUUACCUCAAAGUAACAGUUAUAUUUCCCACCAGUUGCUGCCUCUAUAGACGGUUUGAAAUAAUGGACGUAGCCACAGUGACAUCAUGGACUCCCAUCUUGCAUUUUAGCUGACGUCAUCUUGGAUUUUUGGAGCCACAAGUGACCGUACGCAUGGUGCUAACCCUAAUGCUAGCUGAGGGUCUUUGAUUUUUGGAGCUAGAAGUGGCCAUAUUUGGACGAAAGGGUGGAGCUAACCAUAACGCUAACUGCUAGCUGGGCUAGAACAUUGCAUUUACAGCUAUAGCUAAGUGUCAUAAUGCUAAUGCUAAUUAUUGCAAGCGUAAAUCAAGUUUAAACCCGUUAAAACCUGAACAUCCAGGUAGAUGUGGCCACUGUGACAUCACCCAUUGGUUUGUGGAGCCUCAAGUUUGGCAUUUUGGCCGUCACCAUCUUUGAUUUUUGGAGCUAGAAGUGACCGUAGCCAACCCUAAUGAUAGCUGCUAGCUUGGUUAGCGCAGUGCCUUUGAAGCUAUGGUUAACAGUAAUGAUGCUAAUUUUUGCUACUGAAAAACAGGCUUAAAACCAUUGAAACAAAAUGCACUUUACGUAAACACAGAACAGCCGACUCCUCAGGGAAUUUUUCAGUUCAACCAAAUGCUGAACAAGGUGUUUUUAGGUGACCAAAGCGUCACAGUAAAAAUUUAGCUUCAGCUACACCCAAACCGUGGUUGGGGCUUGGCAAUGGAUGGCACACACCUGUAAAUCAAAGUGGCCACGUCUUUAAUUAUGCGUGACAUUAAGCUGUAAUAAAAUCUAAACGACAGAGUUAUAUCAAAAUUCACCCUCUGUACAGUUGUAAUGAAUGCUGUAAACUGUAAGCUGUAAACGUGUUUAUUUCUGCUGUAAAGACAUUUUAACGUGAGAGUCUGGGGACUGACUCGGUCUUGGAGCCAGCCUCUAGUGGACAUUAGAGGAACUGCAGUUUAUUUCUUAGCCCUGGAGGAUGCUGCUUCGUCGUCUCAGAUGGUUUCUCAACGCAACAGCUGAAGUUGUUCCACCAUAAAAUGCAUCAAAUGAGUUUCAGUCCAGUUGGAAUCAAAUGUGCAAUUUCUGUCAAUGUAUGAUUAUUUUUUAAAGACGUUUAAACAAAUGUUUACCGUCAUGAAAUCACUGUGGAAUUCUCAGGUUAAAUCUGCAUCAUGUUAUUGAUUUGAAUGAGAUCUGAACUUUGAGGAAUGUUUCACUGCAGCGACUCUAAAGUUGAACCUUCAGCAGCUUUUAUUUGAACAAGCUGAUGUGCUGGUUUUGUUUGCACAAGAGAACACUAAAGAGAAACAAGGUUUGCUCAUGUAAAACAUUAGUUUAGCCAGAGCAUUGAUUUUUUGUUUUUUUUGUUUUAAACUUCUUUUUGUGUGUAUGUUAACAUCAGUGUUGAGGGAUCGAAUGUGUCUGAAUGGGAUUUUUUAACUAGGUGUAAUUUCAGAAAUGCUUGUCAGUAAAACCAUACAUUUAAAGUUCUUACAUUUAAAGUUCUCAUUAUACGUUUUUAAAUGUUUGUGUGUUGUUCAACUGUACAAUCUGCUGUCUGAAAAAAACAAUAAAAUUACAUAUUUUUAUAAUCUAA